CUUUGGUGCAUGUCUGGACAGCCAUUUGGCAACUAUAAGGCAGUGGAUCUCAGGUUAUUUAACUGCGGGCUACUGGCUCAAAAUGAGAAAGCAAUCAGACCAUGUUGUCGCAAGCCUUAGAUAGCGGUCGCCGAAUCAGCGGGCAUAUCAUGACAUUAUUCCUGUUCACGAAGUCCGACAUCUUGACCACCUUGUUGCCUAUCACUUUGUUUGCCUUGGCAGCCGCUCCCCAUCUUCAUGCAACCCGCAUUCCAGACACCAUAAUUUGGAUAUGGAUGCACCUCCUGAAAUUUGACAUAUCCAAUCAGAUUCAAGAUCCAGACGAGGACAAGAGAAACAAACCUGAUCGCCCUCUCCCUGCUGGUCGUAUAACUCCCCAGAAUGCGGCGGAUUUGCGCUGGCUGCUAGUUCCUGUCUGUCUAUUUUUUUCUGCGACAUCGUAUGGCAGACAGACUCUCGCUGCUAGUGUUUGUUUCGAGGCCUUCAGUAUCUGGUAUAACGAGUUUGGAGGCAAUAAGACUGGACUUUCGAAGAAUCUAUUGACAGCCAUCGGGUAUACGUGCUUGGAAGUAGGCGCAACGAUAGUUGCAGGGUCUAGCCCACGCAUCGAUAGUAUCAGUGCGCGCGCAAUGGUUUUUAGCUGUGCAGUAUUCGCAACGACGCUUCAUGCACAAGAUUUCAAAGAUGAGGAGGGGGAUCGCUUUACAGGAAGACGCACUCUCGUCACUCUAUUCCCAACCUUUGCACGCAUGUCAAUGAUGAUUGGCGUUCCCCCUUUGGUCAUUCUGCCUCAGCAGGCUCUGGAAUCGUACGGAAUGGUUGUCGGGGGGAGAUUCGUGAUUUAUAGGACCACGAAGUGCUGA